AUGGACCGAAGAGAUGCUACACUCCUUGGUUCCCUGCUGUUGUGUAUCAUCACUCAGGUGUGCUGCCAGCUAUGCGGGGGCCCGUGUCACAACUGCCCCUGGCCCGCACCACGCUGCCCUUUGGGGGUGUCCACGGUGCUGGAUGGGUGCCGCUGCUGCCAGGUGUGCGCCAGACAGGAGGGCGAAGACUGCACGGAGAGGUUUGUGUGUGACAGCCAGCAGGGCCUGCAGUGUGACUACAGCGCCAGCUACCCCGGUGGUCCUGGAGAGUGUGUCAGCCAGAACAUGCUGGGAUGUGAACUGAACGGCAUGCGCUUCGAGGAGGGCCAGACAUUCCAGCAGUCGUGUGCACAGCUGUGCCACUGCCUGGGUGGCGGGGUGACCUGUGUGCCACUGUGCAGCGAUGACCUACAGGUUCCUGCCGCAGCCUACUGCCCCAACCCUCAGCUAGUGCGCCAGCCUGGGAGGUGCUGCAGGGAGUGGGUCUGUGAAAGCCUGGACAACAACAUUUACCCAGACACUAUGGCUGCAGGUAACCCAGUGGAGAAACCACCAGAGAGGGAGAGGGUGCGUCACGGAUUUCGUGGUGAUGGUGGUGGGGCUCAGUCUCAGGGCCAGGGCCUGAACUCCAACUGCAUUGAGCAGAGCACAGACUGGAGCCCCUGCUCCAGCAGCUGUGGCCCAGGUGUCUCCACCCGCAGCUCAAACAAGAACCGGGCCUGCCGCCUGCAGACCCAAACCAGACUGUGCCAAGUCAGGCCAUGCCAGGCCACUGCCGUGCCUCGCAGCAGGUCGCAUGUGGGAACUGGUGCCUGCGAUAGUAGCUUCAGGUCUCCCGUGCCCAUUCAUCUGGAGCACCAGGGCUGUUUGAGCACGUGGGCCUACAGGUUCCGGUUCUGUGGCCUGCAUUGUCUGGAAGGCCGCUGCUGCAGCCCCUACCACACCAGGACUGUCAACAUGGCCUUCCGCUGCCCCCAGGGCAGGAUGAUCCACCAGCAGGUGAUGAUGAUUGAGUCCUGCUCCUGCCACCACUACAAUUGUCCCCAGUCCCCAUUCACAGCCUACAGGAGAGCCAUUCCCUGGCUUUAG